AGACCGUCCCCAUCUGUGUUGACAAGAAGGAAGAAAACGCAUACACACACACACACACACACACGUGGCCUUUUUAGUUCUUCCUUGAGGGCCUCGCUGAAGCGCCCCUCCCCCCUCACGCGCCACUCCGCCAAAUAGUCUUCUCAAAACCCCACGUUGGCAACUCACCGCAAAGGUGUAUUCUUUUCUUUUAUGAUUCUUCGUUUCCUUUUUAAACCCUGCUCCCCUGCUUCCUAGCGACUUUGUACAACUACUACGUUUGAGCUGCCCUGCCUGUGUGCACACUCACACACACACACACACGCGUAUAUAUACCUCAUACACGAAAGGGCAUCUCCUCCGUACUCUUCUGAAAGCGAAGUCGCUUCCUAUCUUGUUUGUUCUUCUUCUUGAUUUCAAUUCAGGAGUUUGGGCGUGCCGCGUGCCUCGGCCACACCACCGUUGAGGCCUUAUCCUUCUCACAGACACCAAGCAGCAUACACACACGCACACAGCCAAAACGUUGUUCUCUCCCAAGGCGCUAUUCCCUUCCACCACCGCCACCAUCAUCUGUACACCGCACAUACUUCUACUAUCGUCUACCCCUCACUUGGACAUCUCAGACACGAAACUGCCAUGGGCCUCUCCCGCUACCUCCCCUACGCGGUGUUGUGCGUGUACUACGCGUGGUGUGCGACGGUCCUCUUCACGGCGGACCUGCUACUGUUCGUGCCCCGCUACUUCCUUGUCGAGCGGCACGACACGCGCAGUCGCUGGCUCGGCUGGCGUGGCGAAGCGCAACUGCAGCCGCUGCUGCCGACCGCCUUUCAGUACGCCCGAGCCAACGCCGAAGACGGGGCGGACAGCGAGGGCGGCACCCCCAGUAUCAGCAGCAAUACCACCACCACCACCAGCAGCAGCAGCAGCAACAGCAGCUCCUCUCGGCGCCAUCGCGGUGGGUCGGGCUCAGCAAAUAUGAGUGUGACCUGCUGUGUGUUGGCCCGUGAAGGCGUCGCCCGCAUUCGCUCGUUGCGCAGCUCGAUGCAGCCGUGGUGGGGGCAGCCCCAACAGACUGCCGUGGUGCGGCCAACGAGGACAUCCUCCACGGCCACGUCCUCCUCGUCUUCUCCGGACGUGUCGGACACCUCCUACACCCUACGAGACACCGACGACAGUGGCGAGGACGCGGAGGAGGAAGGGGGUACCGUCUCGUUAAAGGACUCCCCGCUCGGCGUAGUCGGCAUCGCGCGCAGCAACGCCGUCAGCUCCGACACAGCGGAGGACGACGACCAAGAGGGAAUAGACGGUGCAGGAGAUGCGAGUGAAGAUACGCAGGAGGCAUCCGGGAGCAGCAGGAAUUCGCGCCAGAAGCGGAGGGCGGCGAUGACGAAGCAAUGUCACGCCGCGCAGGAAGCCGGCGCCCCGGUGACAGACGCGCUCUUCCACGGCGUCGACGUGCGUGCGGACUUGAAGGGGGGAAACGGUGACGUACAGAAUGAGGAGGUGGAGGAAGGGGAGGGAGAAAGCGCAAUGCGCGCCGCAGUACCGGCGUGGUGCAUGGUGGUGUUUCGCCGCCACGACAACAACACUAUCAGCCGUAUCAAAGCCUCACACACGCGCGCUUCCCGUGAUGAGGAUGAAGAACCUCCUGCUUCGCGGAUAGCGGGUCAAUACGGAUUCCUACCUCCCUGGUACGCCGCCCACGCACGCGCGCAGCUCCUCCUGGCACAUGUCGACCCCAUCUUUCGUAUGCUGGCCGAGGUGAUGUGCCUGCGGGGGUGGGCAGCGUCUUCUCCGCAGACGGGCAAGGACACCGCAAAACCCAGCAGCAGCGUGGAGCACGCACGGAGCUUUUCAAGGGACUCCGCUUCCUUCCGCUGUACAGCGCCUGUCCUCCUGGUCGUGGCGUGCCGUCGCUUUCUCUCUGGGCUGUAUGUGUUCUGCCAAGUGAUGGCCCAUACACUCGUGCGAGUCCUUUUCGCCAUUGUCCAAGGUUCCUUCCCUUCCCUUUCACCGCUAGGCAAAACGAGUGGCACGGCGAAAGUGGCGGCCGCAGCGGCGACGGCAACGCUGGCGGGUUUGGCGGGUGGCCCUUUCCACCGCCUGCAGCGCGCCCUGCGCACACGCGUGGCGCGGCACGUCGCGGACACGCACCACACCUUCGACGUCUUCGCGGUCACCGCCGCGACGGUGCCGACGAACGACGGGUGGCCCUUCACGUCGAGCAGCACCGCCGCGGUGCAUGACGACAGCAGCGGCGGUGACGCAGCGCAGGCAACGGCGGAGAAGGGAGAUUCAGUGAAGACGCCGCUGGGUGCUUCGGGUCACCAUCCGCAGCGACAGCCGCCAUCACGAAGGGUAUCUGCUGCCCGGCCCGUCACGUCGUGUCGUCGCUCGCUCGGUGUGUACUGGCUGCACGGGCGGCAGCCAAACCCCACCGAAGCGCCAUGCGGCACCUCAUCGGCAGCACCUGCGCCUCCGCUUGUGAUUCUUCUGCUGUGCCCCUCGCUGCUGCAGGGCAACGGAUUAUACCCUUUCGCGGUAGCACGCAUAAGUCGCAUUUGUCAGCUGCUCACGUUGGCAGGAGAGUGGCGACAGGCCGCAGGGAACGCGUCGAGUAGGGGAGAAAAAGAGGAGGAGAACGGUGCAGCAGCAGCAGCAGCAGCAUUCGCAUCAGCAGCGCCUGCACAGUGGCAUGCCGCCGUCCCUGUUGUGGAGCUCGCCACGUACACCAACGCGUCUGGCGUGGCCGAUGCCAUCUCGCGGCCGUCGCUGACCCUCAAGGAUCUCCGCCUGGUUGUGCAUCGUCUGCGUUCCCUUGAGCAGCAACCGUCAUCGUCAUCGCAAAAGUCCAGCACUGAUCCACCUGCAUCGACCUCUGCGGCGCGGAGGGUCGUGAUCGUCGCGGUGGGUUGGUCAGAGGCGGCGAGCCUGCUGCUGGAGCUGGCCAUGACACAGCAACAGCCGCAGCAAAACACGGCGGCGGCGGCGGCGGCCUCGCCUUCGUCGCAGUCACGGCAGGAUGCCGAGGACUCCGCCCACUUAGACGGCUUAAUUUGCCUCUCUCACACCCUGUCCUCCACCUUUCAGCUGCUCCCGCAGCAAUGUGACACCUCGCUGGCCGUCAUGCAGCCGUUGCAGCGUAGCAGCGGGCUAGCCGUCUCCUCGCCCUCGAUGACGACCCUGGCGCAGCGGAGGCGAAGUGAGGUCGCAGCACACGACAACGGCUACGUGGAGAAAAGUAGUGAACGUCACGAGAACUCGCUGAUGGGCCUCUCUUUUGCGAGCCUGCUCCCCUCCCCGCACAUUCCACGCGUGCUCUCGCGCCUCACCACCGGUCCGGCACGACUGCUGCUGCUGCUGACACGGCAACAAAUGAUCGCCGACAACUUGAUCGCGCAGCGACACCGUCAGGAAGAAGAGGGGGAAGAAACCGCAAAGGAAAAAGAUGGUGGUGGUGGUGGGGGGGGCGCCCGCCGCCGCCGCCGCAGUGCGGCCCUUUUACGUCGUUUCACAGAGCUUCCGCGACGCGCAUGA